AUGGCCUCGCUGGAGGCGCUUUGCCAGGAGUCCUUUUUGAAGGAAGAUCCAGGCACCGGUCGCUUGGACCGGAGGCGCUUCCAGGUGGCGCUCCAACGGGUCUUGGGGAGCUUGGCUCUGCCGCAGCCGGACGCCACAUGGUUCGAUCGCGUCUUCGAGAGCUACGCGCCGAAGUGCGGCGGGAACGGUGUGUCGCUCCGUGCCAUGGAAGAUGCGGCGAAGCAAUUUGUGAACCAUCACCAGAAGAAGAGGGAACAGAAGGAACAAUCUGCGAAGCAGAUCGAGACUUCGACGCCCGGCAGCGAGGACCGCCCUGCGAAGCAGGCGGUCGGAAGGCCUGAGGCUGUGAAGGCGGCAGUUCGGAAGCAGGUCAUUGAGGAGACUGCUCUGCCGGUCCAGUUGCCCCACACGCCCUUCGCCCCCGCCGCGGGCGCCGCCCUCGGCUACACCGGCGCCAGCGGCUCCCCGUCGCGGCCGGGCUACGGCCGAGCGGUGGAGCUGGCGUCGGCGGUGAUGUGCCCCAUGAAGCAGGGCAGCAGCGUUUUGGAGGACUAUGUCAUGGACCAAAAGAUCGGCGAGGGGAGCUUUGGACAGGUGUGUGUGGUGACUCACAGGCUUACUGGCCAGAGAAGGGCCUGUAAGCGAGUGGCCAUCAACACUGACAUGGACCGGCGUUUGGUGGAGACGGAGAUUCAGCUUCUGAAGAAGUUGGAUCAUGGCAAUAUCAUGCGACUGUCCGAGUGCUACGUGGAUGGGCCCAGCUUGUAUUUGAUCUCUGAGCUCUGUGAGGGCGGCACCUUGCUCCAGGGCUUCGCCCGGCACGGCUCCGAAGCGCAGGCGGCUGCGGCGGUAAGGCAGAUCUUGAGUGCCACUGUCACUGGCUACCUCUCUUGGAACGGCUGGUUGCAACCGUCCGCCGAUGGGACCGAUGGGGUGGCGACCGUGGAGACGGUGGACAUCACGUCACCGCCCAAAGAUACAGAGGUUAGCGCAUGUGUCACUGCGCACUGUAGGAGGUUAGGCCAAGAGGGAGUGGGAGCAAUGAGAUAUUUGCAACAGGUUGCCCACCUAAACUGCUUGUGCUCCUGGAUUUGGUCUGGUUGUGCUCCGCGCCAUCCAUGCAAACGCCAUGCAGCCAUGCAGCGUCUUUGUCCACGUUGGACAGUGCUGGUGCUGGUGCUGAGUGUGGAAGCGGUGGAAGCGGUCACCCAGACGUUCCACCGACCCCCGGUCUCUUCGCCCCUGAGCCGCUCUGAAGUCCUGGCACUGCGCACGGCGUUUAGCGCCAAGUUUGGCGCGAGCUCGGGCUCGCGCGAGCCCACGGAUCUGUCGUCUGGGCGGCGCUUGUUGCAUGGUCUUCCCAUGCGUCUGACUGAGCAAAUUCGAAGAGACUGGCAGCUGGUUGAGAGCGACAAGGUGCAGCAGGUGAAAGUGUCCCCAGGCGGCCCCGGCGAAGCGGUGAUCACUUGGCUCACCCAAGAUCGGCGUUUGCCUAGCCUUGUUGAGUACCAGAGCGCCAGAAGUGUCUUCAGCCGGACUGCUCAGGGCGAGGUCAAUGUUUACACCACCCAGAUUUGCUUGCCAAAUUCACAGGUGAUGGCAGAUCCGUUGCUCGGCCCUCCGAACAUCCCGCUGAAUUACGACGAGCUCACCAAGCUGCUGAACACCUCGUCCUUCUUGCCGCCAGAGAGCGACUCUUGGCGUUUCUUGGGGCCCAAUGCUGAUCCCUGGGAGUUCUUAGCCAAGACCAAUUUCUGCAUCGACUACAAGAAUCCGAAUGCCUACUACACCAGCCCAUACAUCCACACCGUGACGCUGCGGGGCCUCGGAGGCUCCACGGACUACAGCUUCCGACCCGCAGGGAGCAGCAGGUCGUUUCACUUCAAAACGCCGCCGAACGCUGGGGCCAAUGCCGCGCCCAUGCGCUUGGGAGUCUGGGCGGACAUUGGCAUCACAAAUGUGAGUUUCGGUGUAAUGUCAAAGAUGCUCGACCUGGAACCAGAUUUGCUCGUGACUGUCGGAGACCUGUCCUAUGCCGAUGGCUGGGCAGAGCGUUGGGACAUCUUUGGGAUGAUGAUGGAGCCCCUGAUGUCGAGCCGCUAUCACCUGGCGGUCGUCGGGAAUCACGAGAUCAUUCAGAACAACGGUGUUGAUUUCAUCCAUCGCUAUCCGAUGCCGUUCCGGCAGUCUGGAGCACCAGGACCCUACAUGUUCGCGUAUGAGAGUGGACUGCUGUAUCUCAUCGGCUUGCCCGGGAGCUACGCCCCGACCGCGAAGGGUUCACUGCAGUGGAGCUUUGCGGAAGAGAAGCUGAUGGAGGUGGACCGUGAACGGACGCCUUGGGUGGUCGUCGUCUUCCACACCCCCUGGUACAACAGCAACAAUGCUCAUUUCGGAGAAGGCAUGAAGCAUCAGUGGGAUAUGGAAGAGCUCUUUUACCAGCAUGGUGUGGACUUGGUCUUCAACGGGCAUGUCCACAGCUAUGAGCGGUCCUUUCCAGUCUACAACCAUUCGCGGAAUGAGUGUGGCACCACGCACAUUGUCGUGGGCGACGGGGGCAACUACGAGGGUCCCGCCAUCUACGAGGGGCAUCCACCCGGGUGGCGGACGCCACAGCCGUCCUGGAGCGCCUUCCGAGAAGCUUCCUAUGGACCAGGCUUGCUCACUGUGUUCAACUCCACGCAUGCUGAAUGGCGGUGGCAUCGGGUGGCGUGUGUCUUUGAGAACAAGGCUCACCGUGCGGUGAACUGGACGAAGUUCACAUACGAGGGCGCGAGGCAAUCCUUGGGGCGAACGAGGCCGAUGAGUGCUUUCUAUUGGGACGGCGUGAGCGGCCCUGCGGGCGGCCCAGAGUGUGCUACGGAGGGGGACAAUGCAGAGCAGGCCUAUGAGGCCUCGGACGUGGUGAUGUUGGUGCGAGACCCCCAGCGGUGCCCCAACAAGUCCUUCCGGCAGCCGGGAACCAUGGCCACCGCGGCCUCCACCGGCGCGCCGGUCUGGUUCACUGAAGCACCGGUCUGGUCCACCGCGGCUGCUGCGAGCGUCGUCGCGGCCGUGGGAAUGGCCUAUUGCCAUGCGCGGGGCGUGAUCCACCGGGACCUCAAGCCCGACAAUGUGCUCUAUGCCACUAAGGCUGACUUGGGAGGGUGA